AAACAAAAAAAUAAAUUUUUAAGAAUGAAUUGAAGAUGCAAAAGGAAAAAAAACAAAUCAAUUUUUUAAAAUAAACUGAAAUAAGAAACUAAUUCAACAACAACAACAACCCAGUUAAAUCCCACAAGAGUAGGGUCUGGGGAGGGUGUGUGUACGCAGACCUUACCCCUACUCGAAAGUAGAGAGGCUGUUUCCAAAGAGACCCCCGGCUCAACGUCGAAAGUUGCAUUGCUUGACUAACUGCUACUUCAUUAAUUAAAGAAGCGCAGACAGUUUAAAGAUCCAUUUUGAUUUAUUCCAUCACACCCCAAAGCCAAAAAAUGGAUGUGCGGGAAGACAAGGUUGGAUAGGAUUUCGAAUGAGGUUAUCCGACGUCAAGUAGGUAUGGCACCGGUGGAAGACAAGUUGCGGGAAGCGAGGUUGAGGUGGCUUGGCCAUGUGAGAUGGCGGGAUGCUGACGCCCCUGUACGGAGAUGCGAGAGGAUUACAGUUAUCGGGGGAAGUGGAGCCGGGGGUCUCUUGGAAACAGCCUCCCUACUUCCGAGUAGGGGCAAGCCUGCAUUAUCACAUGUCUCAACCAUGAAACACCCUUCUUCCUCUUCUUCUUCGUCUUCCUCUUCCGCAUCACCCGGCGGCAAUGCCAAGAAACCCGCCACGGGCUGCUGCAUUGCCGGAAUGUUCCGCCGCCUGCUCUGUUCUGAUUCCCUCUCCAAGCGCCCCCCUUCUUCCUCCCCCAACCACGCAACUCAAAUGCCACCGCCCCCGGAAGAGGGGGGGAAAACCGGCGUCGUGGCCAAGCUAAUGGGGCUGGAGUCAAUGCCGCUGCAGCCCAGAAUUGAUAUCAGUUCAAAAUCACUCACCAGGAGCCACUCAUUGGAUUCCCACCUGCUUCGACGACGAACUACACCACGCACCGAGAGGCCUCUGCGAGCUGGUAGCUUUCGGGAGAUUCCCACCUACAUGGAGCUAGAAGACAAGGAUUUCUUCAUUCUCAGCUUUGAGUAUGUAGGAGGAAGAAGAGGGAAAUGCCCAGAAUUUGCAGGUUUUGAACAGAGGAAAUCAGAGAUAUCAUUAAACAAGAACUCCAGCAUGAGAAGAGAAAGCCUAUACCAAAACACCAAAGCGGUUCGUGAAGCGGAGAAGGCCGCCCGUUCAAGAAAGGCAAAGAAGAAAGAGGAUUUCAAGCAAGAAAGAUUAUUAUUCAAGAAGAAGAUGAAAGAAAGAAAAGAAAAGGCCAAAACAGAGUGUGAUUCAGAGAAAUCGAGCCCCAAUUCUGUUCUUGACUUCGUCGAGUUAACAGCUCUACAACAGACUCCUCCUCCUCCUCCUCUCUCCUCAGGAAGGUACACAAAAUCGAGGCGGACCCUGUCGGGAGAGCUUGAGAAUCACAAGAAACCGAAAACAGAGAGCGACGACUUACGACCCGAGAGGCUUAAAGAGAUGAGGUUUUCUGAGACGAGGAAGAAGAAUUCGUGCAAGGAUGAGAGUUAUGUGAAGAAGGUGUGGGAAGAGAGCUGCAGGCUGGGUGAUAUGGACACAGCUCACAGCAGCUGGACAGUGGGUGAAGGGAGACAUGAAAUCUGUGGGGAUUUGGAGAUGGAAAUUGUUGAUGAAUUGGUAGGGGAACUGGUUGAUCAACUUCAUGUUCACUUUUCUUGGGUGUAAUUCAACUUAGAAAAGUGUUGUUUUUGGAAGAUUAUUCAAAUUGUUAUUAGUGUACACAUUAAGUAUGAUUAAGAUGUGUUUUACAUACAUAACUGGGACACAAUUC